AUGAGCGGUUGUCAUGCUCUGUUGAUUGAAUAUGUAAUUUGCGUGAUAACAUUCGUUAGUUGUACUUCUUGGUUUUUGAGACGUUUUGGUUAAUUUAAAACUUGUAUUUACAUUUUUUGGGAUGGGGACGAUAAUCGGGACGUGCGGCGUUUAUUUGGGAUGCAUGUCAAACGCCGUCUAUUUAGAGUAUCUCGUCAAGGAAGAUCCAGGAAUUGGAAAUUUAGUGACCUUCUCGAGCUUUUUAUUCAUUGCUGUCGUUGGUGUUUUAUAUACUUUAAUAUUCAGGACGCCAAAAAGGCAGAUCCCUAUUAGGAAUUACAUGCUAGUUGUUGUGGUAUUUUUCACCUGCAAUGUGUGCAACAACAUGGCAUUUAAUUUUAAAAUUUCAAUGCCAUUGCACAUGAUUUUUAGAUCCGGUUCGCUUAUUACAAAUAUGCUAAUGACAAUUUUAAUAUUAAGAAGAAAAUAUGCAUUAUCCAAGUAUCUAUCUGUUGGGCUAAUCACUUCUGGCGUAAUUUUAUCUACGCUCGCAUCAGGAAAAGAAAUGAAAGAUGCUGAUAAAACUGUCGAGGACGGAAGUUUUUUCUUGUGGCUUCUAGGAAUUGGCCUUUUAAUAUUUGGACUGCUGAUUUCUGCUUUGCUCGGAAUAUUUCAAGAGCAGUUGUUUAAACAUUAUGGGAAACAUCCAUAUGAAGCUUUAUUUUAUACGCAUUUACUGUCCAUUCCAGUUUUUGGAUUUUUUUCCAACAACAUUUUGGAACACUUUUGGCUGGCUUUAGAUAGUAGGCCAAUGGGAAUUCCAGUGUUAAACAUUCAAAUACCCUUCAUUAUAUAUUAUCUCAUAGGAAAUAUGGUAACACAAUCACUUUGUAUAGGUUCUGUCUACUUCUUGGCGACAGAAGCAUCCACACUGACAGUUACGCUUGUAAUAACGCUGAGAAAAUUCUUAAGCCUAAUAUUAAGUAUAGUUUAUUUUCAGAACCCAUUUACAUUGACUCAUUGGUUAGGGACUUUCUUGGUGUUUAUCGGUACAGUAAUUUAUUCUGAUAUUCCACAGAAACUUAAAAAACAUUAAUUUAGUUUAGUCUAGUUACUUCCAUGAUAAACCUUUCAAAAUUUUUGUUUUUUUAUUUAUUAUGAGAAUAUUUUAAUCUAGACAAUUUGAAAAUCUAUGGAAAACAAUAGGAAAAUUGAUGAAUAUCAGUGGUUCUAAUUGUAUGUUAUAUACAACCAUCUCCAUUUUAUUCAUUUCUGAUGAAUGAAAUUAUCUCUUUUCAUUCCCUUUCUUUUUUCAUUUUUGCAUUUUUUUACUUUUGUUUUGUUAGUUGUUUUAUACAUUUUAAGUUCCAAACCAAAAAUAAUAAAUAAGUCUAGCAGAUUGAUCUCAAAAUGAUUUACAACCUUUAAAGAAGUUGGGGUUUGUACUUUUACAAAUAGAAAAAUUUUUAAAUAAAAUUAUCCUGCUAGAAAUCUUCAUUUAUCACAAUUGGUUUAUUUUCAGGGAAGGAAAUGCAGGAAAAAUAUGCACUGUACAAAUUCUUUUUCUAUUGUGCAAAAAUGUGCCUUCUUUAUGUGUGAUUUCAGUGUAUGUGGUAUUACAGGGAUAUGGUAAAUAAUUUUAUUAUUCAUUGCAUUUGUUUAAUAGCAGUAUCAAAUUAUCAACUGCCAGACUCAACAGUGUACCUUUAUUAGGAACAUACUUUCCUCUUUUAUUCUUGACCACUUUGUCUUUUUAAGAUUGAGUUAAUGUGUCCUUAUUGUCAUACUUGAUCAUUAUCAUAAAGAUUUUUUUAAAAUUAUUUUAUUUUAAAGAAUAUCAGUUCAUAAUUUCUCUUAAACCACCAUAUUGUUUGCCAUAGUGUUGCGAUUUCAUUGUUACUUGUACUGAUUUUUAUUUUUAUUUUUAUGUCAUUACAUUUGCAUGUAGUAUUGCUAUUAAAUUCUGUGUAUUAGACAAAAAGAAAACCUGUCCAUCAUAUUGGUAAAGGACAAAGUACACAAGUGGCUAAAUGUUCAAAAACUGAAGGAAAAGCUCAAUUUUUUGAAACUUACCUAUGACUGUUAGUAUAAUUUUUGAAAUGUUACUUUAUUUACUUACAUUGUAUAUUUUUUAAAGGUGAAAAAGUUUUCUUACACUUUGGGGUAUUGAUACACUAAUUGCACUAUUUAAUCAAAUUAAACUCGAAAUAGGGAAGUAGAAAGAAAAUAAAAUAAAAAGGAACAACUAGCGAUAUUUAUCCUGUUUUAUGUGAUCAUAUUUACACAGACAAGUUAUUUUUCAUUUUGUCCAUUGGUGUAUACUGACAAAGGUAUGUGGGAUCAUGGAUUUCAAUGAAACCUUUUUUUAUUAUUUUAGUUAUACUAGGUCAAAAAACGUUAGACACGUGUUUGACUGUUCUUGCUAGUGGAACCUAGGAGAUGAGAAAAUAUUUUUAAAAUUUGAUUUUCUGCAUUUGUUCGUAUGUAUUUAUUAUUAUUAUUUUUUAUAUUUUUUUAAUGGAAGCUACCAACAAUGGAGUCAUAUCAGCCUCCAACACACUGUGAGGGCCGAUGAGGUAUUCUCUAUUCCGCCACAACCCACUCACACAUACUCAACACUCAAGCUGAUAAAUACGACACAUUCAAGACACAAAACAGAAAAAUUGUAACCUAGUGUGGUGGGUCUGUGGGUACUCUACAUUCCAAAUACCCACUCACACAUACUCAACACUCAUGCUAAUAAAUAUAUUCAUAUCAUAUAGGAAAACCACAUGUGGGAAAGCAUCACAUGCAAUCAUAUUAAUUUAUUCGCUGCAGGUAUUUGAUCAACUUUUUGCAGCCGUCACUGCUGUGUUUUGAUGGGUGUUGGUUUGCGAGUUAUUGAACUCAUGCUGAACCGGCAUAGGGUAACUUAUUGGGUCCAUCAUCAACUUGGGGGGUUUGUUGAAUUACUCUAACGUAUUUUGGCAUUGUGCCAUCUUCAGAAACUGUCCAUGGGAUACCCACUCAAAGUUUUACUAAGAUCUAAAAAGCUUGAAAUAGAAUAUUUGCCAUCUUCAAAACAAUCAAGAGAAUAUUUUAUGAACUCCAUAAUUGAUUUCUCUGUGUUUUACUAGCCAUAUUGGGCUUCACUAAAGAAAGAAUUAUUUUCAAAAACUUUUGAGUGAAUAGGCAACAAAGAAAUGGGCCAAUAAUUGCUCAUCACAUUGAAUCACAUUUUUUAAACAGGGGGAUCACCAAAGAACUUUGAGGCAGUCAGGAAAAGUAUCUUUGUACAAGCUUUCAUUAAUUAACAAGAAGUGUUACUAUCACAGCUAAUUCAGGGGACAGGUAUAAUAGGUAUAUAUAGGAAUAUUGUUUAUAAUAUAGUAUAUAUAACUCCUCCUUAAGAAUAAUGCUUCCCGUGGGGGGUCGUCUUUUACUACCUUUAUUGUUUGUUUACUUUUUGUAUAACUUCAGUUUUUAUGUUUUUAAUUAUAAAUAUUAUUAUUAAUAAUAUUAAAAUAUAAAGAAAUAAUGUCCAUAGGCUUAGAUUAACAUGUACAUAUGGUGUGAUAUUAUUUUUUUUCAUGAAGUUUGGAGAAAUAUGAAGAGUAAAAUGACGAAGCUUGAUGCUGAAGUUGGAGAUUUGUUUCGGUACAAAUGUGAAGUUGAAAUUGAUGUUUGGUUUCCCAUGGCUCGUUGUCCGAUAGAUGAGUGGGUGUCUUUUGUAGAUUUCUCUAUUGCCUGGUUUGAGCAGAAGUAUACCUUCCAGGAUUUUUGUUUCAAUUGUGUUGUCUUGUGUGAUCUUGAUUUUUCCUGGCGUGGUGAUGAAGGUGCAUAAAAAUUAGUUGAUUUUCGGAACGAAUAUCACGUGGUUGUUUUUCAUCUGAAGUUCAGUGUAGACAUAAUGUGUAUUGUUUCCGUGUAAGAUGAUUUCUUUUUCGCAAUGAUGUUGUUGAUUCGAUAUUAAAAUUUGUGGACAAUGGCAAACUUUGUUGUUAAUAAAUUCUUCUGUUAAAUAUUUUAUCUCAUUUCUUUUGGAUUUAAGAACAUAUUUAUUUUCUGGAAUAGUUGUUACUAAUUUCUUGCCAACUUUUGUUGGAAUAGGUUGUAAUUUGUAUAAUUCAAAUUUAUCUUCACUUCAUAAUGGUAAUUGCAAGAAGUAAAUUAUUUGAUUUGUUUCUAUUUGACUUUUAACAUAUUUUCAUAUUUCACUUCUAAGGGCAACUUAGUAUAUUAUCAGUUCUCCUUUUUCUUUCAUUCCUCAAUCUUUUUUUUCAUUCAUUUUUUAAAUUUUUAAUAUUACAGUUUUUAUUUUCUUAAAAUUAUAAUUUUAAUUGAAGUUAUUAUUAGUGUUUAUCAAUAUAUUAUUGUAAUUUAUUGUGAUAUUUUGUUAUAAAAUUAAUAUUGAUUCACAGUAUGAUUACAAGGUGUACCAUGUCCAAUUCUAGAUCUUCUUUCUUCCUUAGACUGAAGUACAAGUAGGUUGAUGAAGUUUGGGACUGCAAAUUAAUGGUUGGUACAGUUGUGGUUACAAUAUUCUCUUGAACACCUUUGCCAUCCUACCGACUGCGCCAAUUAUGGAUAAUUAUUCGAGAUUUUCUUUUUUAAAAAGUUUAUUUUAAAAAGUAGUAGCUCCACCGAUAUACAUUCGAGGAAGUACACAGGAUCGGUUCAUUAUUAAGUCACCUCGGGUUAAGGGGGAGAAAAAUGUAAUUGUGCUUAAUUGAUAUCUGAUAAGCCGAGUGCAUUUUUCUGUGCAAAUAAUGCUAUAACUAAUAUUGUUUAACCUAAUAUAAAAAAGUUUCAUUGAAAAACAUGAUCCCAUGUACAAGGGCUUCCCUUGUGAGUGAAAUCCUACAAACUUUGUAUUAUAUAUAUAUAUAUAUAUAUAUAUUAUAUCAAAAAUUGAGUAUUUCAAAUGCUAAUGAUUGAUUUGUUACAUCUUGUAUCUACCAUGAUAAAAUUAAAAAAUGUAAUUGACUAUGGUCUCAGUGAUUUGUAUGAAUUAAUACAAUAAUUAUUAAUAAGUACGUCCAUGUUUGUCGAUUCUAGCAUGAAUGCAAAAUAUGGAUAAUUUGUACAGAGUUCUGUGCCUCAGAGUCCAUAAAUAAAAUUAAUAGGUCAAAGACUAGGCAAAUUAAUUUAAACAAUGAGAUUAAUGUAAAUGAUCUCUGUUUGUCCAGAUAAGGAAAUAAUUCAACAAAGAAACGUUUAAUGAAGAUUGUGGGUAAUAGAAUAAAUUGAAAUUAUUUUUAUGAUUGUGUAGUAUUAUUAAUUUAAAGGUGUAUACACAGAAAUUUGUUAAAAAUAAAACAUUUUUUAAAAUAGUCAUCUUUUUUUUGUGUGUGAAUUCCAAUUUUGUCCGGCAAUCAGGCACAUUUUGGCAUUUCUCGAUUUUCAUUGUGGAUUUGUUAUCAAUGCAGUUCAUGCAUUUUGGUCGCCUCAAAUAAUUCUGGUUUACUUGUAUUUACUGGUACAAAUGACCCAAACCCACAAUGAAUUAUGU